AUGGCCAGUGGGGAAGACGAGCCGAGGAACUGUGUGGUGUGCGGGGACCGAGCCACAGGCUACCACUUCCAUGCCCUGACUUGUGAGGGCUGCAAGGGUUUCUUCAGACGAACCGUCACCAGAAGCACUGGUCUCACCUGCCCCUUUGCUGGACGCUGUGAGGUCAACAAGAUCCAGAGACGUCACUGCCCAGCCUGCAGGUUGCAGAAGUGCCUGGAUGCUGGCAUGAAGAAGGACAUGAUCCUGUCGGCAGAGGCCUUGGCGCUGCGGCGAGCAAAGCAGGCCCAGCGGCGCGCGCAGCGAGCACCCAGUCAGCUGAGCGACAAGCAGAAAGAGCUGGUCCGGACUCUCCUGGGGGCCCACACCCGCCACGUGGGCACCAUGUUUCACCAGUUUGUGCAGUUCAGGCCUCCCGCUCAUCUGUUCGUCCGCCACCAGCAUUUGCCCGUCUCGGUCCCCGUACCGCCUCUGCUGACGCACUUCGCAGAGAUCAACACCUUCAUGGUGCAGCAAAUCAUCAAGUUCACCAAGGAUCUGCCCCUCUUCCGGUCCCUGCCCAUGGAGGACCAGAUCUCCCUUCUCAAGGGAGCGGCUGUAGAGAUCUGCCAUAUCGCCCUCAACACCACCUUCUGCCUCCAAACACAAAACUUCCUCUGUGGGCCACUCCACUACGCGAUAGAGGACGGAGCCCAGGCGUCUCCCACAGUGGGCUUCCAGGAACAGUUUUUAGAGCUGCUCUUCCGCUUCCACGGGACCCUGAGACGACUCCAGCUCCAGGAGCCCGAGUAUGUGCUCAUGGCCGCCAUGGCCCUCUUCUCUCCCGGCCCGCGCCCGACCCCACCCCUCCUUCCCCGCCACCCCCACCUCCUUCCAGACAGGCCUGGGGUUACCCGGAGGGAACAGAUUGAUCAUCUGCAAGAGGUGACGGCACUGACCCUGCAGAGCUACAUCGAAGGCCAGCAGCCAAGGCCUGGGAGUCGGUUUCUGUAUGCGAAGCUGCUGGGCCUGUUGGCCGAGCUCCGGAGCAUUAACAACGCCUUUGGCUACCAAAUCCGGCACAUCCGGGGGCUGGCCGCCAUGAUGCCACUGCUCCAGGAGAUCUGCAGCUGA